AUGAACCAGUCGCAAAGGAUGGCGCCUGUAGGCACAGACAAGGAGCUCAGUGACCUCCUGGACUUUAGCAUGAUGUUCCCCCUCCCUGUGACCAACGGGAAGAGCCGGCCCGCCUCCCUGGCCGGUACCCAGUUCGGAAGCUCAGGUCUCGAGGACCGGCCAAGUUCAGGCUCAUGGGGCACCAGUGAGCAAGACAGUUCCUCCUUCGACCCCGGCCGGACCUAUAGUGAUGGCACCCACUUUGGUGAGUCCCACAGCAGCCUCCCUUCUUCCACAUUCCUGGGUCCCGGGCUCGGAGGCAAGGGCAGUGAGCGGGGCACAUAUGCUGCCUUCGGGAGAGACGCUGGGGUCAGCAGCCUGACUCAGGUGGGCUUCCUCCCCAGCGAGCUGGCCCUCAGCAGCCCAGGGCCUCUGUCCCCUUCGGGCGUCAAGGGCGGGUCCCAGUAUUAUUCCUACUCUGGGCACUCUCGGCGGAGAGCAACGGACAGCAGCCUGGACUCGCAGCCCAAGAAGGUCCGGAAGGUGCCGCCUGGCCUCCCAUCCUCAGUGUACCCCCCCAGCUCAGGGGACGACUACGGCAGGGACCCCACAGCCUACCCAUCCGCCAAGACGCCCGGCAGCUCCUACCCCGCCCCCUUCUACAUGGCAGAUGGCAGCCUCCACCCCUCAGCCGAGCUCUGGAGUGCCCCAGGCCAGGCAGGCUUUGGGCCCAUGCUGGGCGGGGGCUCGUCCCCCCUGCCUCUCCCAGCAGGCGGCGGCAGCUCUGUGGGGGGCAGUGGUGGGUUUGGCAGCCUGCACCAGCAUGAGCGCAUGGGCUACCAGCUGCAUGGAGCAGAGGUGAACGGCGGGCUUCCAGCCGCAUCCACCUUCUCAGGCCCCGCAGGCACCUACAGCAGCAUCUCCAGCCACACGCCCCCCGUUAGCGGAGCCGACAGCCUCCUGGGCUCCCGUGGGACCACAUCCAGCAGCUCCGGAGAUGCCCUUGGCAAGGCUCUGGCCUCGAUCUACUCCCCGGAUCACUCAAGCAAUAACUUCUCCUCCAGCCCCUCCACCCCCGUGGGCUCCCCACAGGGCCUGGCAGGGACAUCGCAGUGGCCCCGACCAGGAGCCCCUGGUGCCUUAUCGCCCAGCUACGAUGGGGGUCUCCAUGGCCUGCAGAGCAAAGUGGAGGAUCACCUGGAUGAGGCCAUCCACGUACUCCGCAGCCACGCCGUGGGCACCGCAGGCGACGCGCACGGGAUGCUACCUGGCCAUGGGGCACUGACCUCGGGCUUCACUGGCCCUGGCAUGCCACUGGGUGGGCGGCAUGCAGGCCUGGUGGGAAGCGGACAUUCGGAGGACAGCCUGUCUGGCAGCAGUGGCCUCGUGCACAACCAUGUGGCCCUCCCUGACCUCUCCCGGCCGCCUGACUCCUAUGGCGAUCUCGGGCGCGGCACUGCCCCGGGCACCGCCGACAUCAAGCGGGAAGAGCAAGAGGAUGAAGAGAACGUGGCGGCUGACACCGCCGAGGAUGAGAAAAAGGACCUCAAGGCUCCGCGCACCCGGACCAGCCCAGACGAGGACGAGGACGACCUUCUCCCCCCAGAGCAGAAGGCUGAGCGGGAGAAGGAGCGCCGGGUGGCCAAUAACGCACGGGAGCGGCUGCGGGUCCGAGACAUCAAUGAGGCUUUUAAGGAGCUGGGGCGCAUGUGCCAGCUGCACCUCAACAGUGAGAAGCCCCAGACCAAACUGCUCAUCCUGCACCAGGCCGUGUCGGUCAUCCUGAACCUGGAGCAGCAGGUGCGAGAGCGUAACCUGAACCCCAAAGCGGCCUGCUUGAAGCGCCGGGAAGAGGAGAAGGUAUCGGGCGUGGUUGGAGACCCCCAGAUGGUGCUGUCGGCUGCCCACCCCGGCCUGGGAGAGGCCCACAACCCCGCCGGGCACCUGUGA